AUGUUGUUACACACUGGAGUUCCUGGUAAGAUGGAUAAUCGAGAUGUAACCGGUGAAUCGACCUCUCAUGGCCAAUCUAGUAGAGCCCAAGCCAUUUCUGGUACAUCCGAACGGCGUGAUCCCAGUUUGACUGAGUGCGUCAGUCGCACCAACUAUGGCACAUGUCGCCCUAUGGCGACUGGUCACCCAGCUUCUGCCGGCGCUGACUUCUCUGUGGACGUUUCCAAUGAAGGCGGUGGCACCGGCCUGACGGAUAAGCUGCUUCAUGUCUCCACGCCCCUUCUAGUCUCCGCCCUUUGCCAGCUCGUGGUAAACCUACUGAUAAAGAUUCCCCCGUUUAUCGUCGGUCAACUUGAGGCCUGUCAGCUGAACCCGAUGUUGAUGAGCAUCGUAGAUCCAACUUUGCAUUAA